AUGUCUCUGCUAGGAUACGCCAGCGACUCUGACGACGAUGCCAACUCGCAAAUGAGCCUUGUUCCCGCGCCUGUUUCAGAGAGCCGGAAGGAGCCAGAAACACAAAAGUCAAACGGAAAACGGACAAUCACAGGCUUUGUUGAGACAGAAGUGGUAGACGGCCUAAAAUUUCAGAGAAAUAAAAGAUUAUACGAACAGGGACCAAAAGACCCAGAAAACGAACAAACCAAGUCCCGAAAACAGCGUGCAAAAGAAUUGAAAAGACGUCGGAAGAAUAAAGGAGAUCCAGGGGAGCUGGACGGUGAAAAUGCAUACAGAGGACCUUGGGCCAGCUACAGCGAGAGCGAAGACGAUGGUGAACUAGAGGAAGAAGAAGUGCAGGCACCAUUAGAAGCAGCCUCCGAGAACGGAUCAGAAGAAGAACAAACUGAGGAAGAAACCACCACCUUCUACGGUGACUCGCAAUAUGACUAUCUCGGGAGAACGUAUAUGCACGUUCCUAACGACGUGCAAACCAACUUACAUAAGGAGCCAGGAAGCCAGCGCUGCUACGUGCCGAAAAAGAAAAUACACACAUUUGCCGGACACGCACGAGGUGUCCAAUGCCUGCAAUUCUUUCCUAAUAGUGGCCAUUUGCUGCUUACCUGUGGAAACGACUCGUCAAUCAAAUUAUGGGAUGUAUAUCAUAAACGGAAAUUGCUUAGAGGAUUCUAUGGACACAUGAAGCCUGUGAAAUGCGUGACGUUCAAUUCCUCGGGGUCUCACUUUUUGAGUUGCUCGUACGACGAAACAGUCAAGCUGUGGAACACAGAGACCGGCGAGUGCGAAUUCAAAAAAAAACUGGAUGGCAUUCCCAACGUUGUCAGAUAUAUCCCCGACAAUGACAACGAGUUUCUGGUUGGCAUGUCCAACAAAAGAAUCGAUCAUUAUGAUCUGAAAACAGGCGACGUGAUCCAGUCGUACGAGCACCACACAGACGCGGUUAACAGUCUCGAGUUCAUUAACGAUGGGGAAAAUUUUGUGUCUUCGUCGAGCGACAAGUCGCUGCGCAUCUGGGAAGUUAAAGUCAACAUGCCCGUAAAACUCAUAGCCGACCCCAAACAGUUUUCCAUGCCGUUUUUGAAAGUUCAUCCUAAAGGUUUCGCGUUUGUCGCACAAUCUUCCGACAACACCAUCCAAACAUUUGCAGCCAGCGCCGAAGACAAGUUCAAGCGAAACAGAGAUAAAACAUUCACUGGUCACAACUCCGCCAAUUACUCCAUUGGGCUGCAGUUUACGCCCGACGGGAGAACUUUAAUGAGCGGCGACUCGCACGGAUUUGCAUUUUUCUGGGACUGGAGGUCCACAGAGCUGAUCUCCAAGCUCAAGGUCAGCUCCAAGCCGAUAACCUGCAUCGAUUCACAUCCCCAAGAAAGUAGCAUGGUGGCUCUCGCAGGAGCCGAUGGGAAGGUGUAUUUGUACGAUUGA